AGCCUUAGCUUAAAGGAACUAAAAGGAGGAGAAAGAUGGAAGCAUCUGGUGCUUUGCCAUGAUGGAAUUGAGUGCUUGGCAAUGGCUUUAGCGUUCCAGCUCACUGCACAGCUUCUCUAUCAUCACUCAUCAGUGACUGACAUUGACGACGGUGAGGCACAUGCAUGGUUACCUCAAGUUUUGAACCUGGAGCCGCGCUUGCCAACGCUUGGACAGCCACAAAGGGCGUGCCGCGAUUUAUCCUUGUCGCAGAAAGCAACAGUGCAGCACCAUAGCGGUGCCGAUGAGGAUGAGGUAGCCCAGGAUGAGAUUUCUCCCUUGCUUUCAGCUGGUUUAGCCGAGAGCCAAAGCUUUGUCCAGGCAUCGCAUCGCAUCAGGAGGAUGCUUCCUGAAUCACACUUGCUACUUGCUAGUACUUGCUGCGUGUGAGGAGGUUGCACUUGCACGGGGACAGGGGGAUACCAAACCUUUGCCCGGUGUGGUGCUCCACCUCCACCAAGAAGAGAAGAGAAGAGAAGAGAAGAGAAGAGAGCAAGUCCUCCUUGGUGGGGCAACGUUGCCGCCGGCCGACGCACAAAUAAGGCCGUCGCAUUCGCCUCGCCUCGCCCCACCUGAUGCUGUUUCUUUGCAGCGGCGGCGGUAGCAUUAGCAGAUGUCCAACGCCGCCACGGGCGCCGGCCGCAACUACGACGGCGAGCACAAUGGUCCUCCCACCGCCAGCGGCUACCAGCGGCGGCACCACUGGCGGCCCCCGCAUCCGCACAGCAGCAGGGCGUACCGGUCGGGCGUGCUCCGGUGGGCGAUGGCGGUGGUGUUCACGGUGCUGGCCGUGCUAGUGCUGGUGGCGGCCGUCUCCGUGCUGCUGGUGGUGCUGGUGCUGCAGCCCCGGGCGCCGUACCUGGCCGUGCAGACGGCGCGGCUGGGGAACCUGGUGUACGACCAGCAGGGGGUGCUGGACAACGCGGAGCUGGAGCUGGACGUGCGCGCGGCGAACGUGAACGCCCACGCCGCCGUGGCCUUCUCGGAGCUGGAGCUGCGGCUGAGCUUCCACGACAUGGUGAUCGCCAUCCUGCGCGCCGACCCCUUCGUGGUGCCGCCCAGGGGCGAGCGGCCGCUGGGGUACGUGGCGUCGUCGGCGGCGGUGCCGCUGGACGGCGCCGGGCGGGCCGCCAUGGAGGGCGCGCUGGACCGCGGCGUGGUGCCGUUCCGGGUGAGCGGGCAGGCACGGACGCGGUGGAAGGUGGGCGGGGUGGUGGCCGUCAAGUACUGGACGCGGCUGGCAUGCCAGAUCCGCUUCUUCUGGCCCAACGGCACCGCGCUCGACUUCACCUGCAACUCCAAGUCCAGGUCCCGCUACUGACGAACGUCGCCGCAUCGAUCUCAGAUCGAAGAGCUAGCUCCUCCUUUCUCUCCCCCAGUAGUCCAAUCGAAUCCAAAUCCAUGGGAUUUUCUGGGUGUGGACUAGAUCAAGAACAAGACAGCCACUAAGCUUUCUUGGCUUUGCUUACUACUGGAAUAUAUUUUCCUCAUGUAUGUACUGCAUAUAUUGGAAAACCAAAGAAAUAUAUUUGUACAAUUAUUUGGUGA